AUGUGGCGUGACUCGUUCAGAUUGCAAAUCUUCUGCCUGCUUAUGGCAGUGCUGGCUAUUGUGGUGCUGGUCCAUAAUUUUUUUCAGCUAGAGCACCUGGAUGAUGACACAGUUUCAGGAUCAAAUUGGAUAACAGAAAACGAUGUCCAGCAUUCUCUGUCACAGACAACCAAAACGACCCGGAAGCCUUACUGUGGUUAUAAGCAGCAGAUUUUGUCCAAAAGAGAACAAGCGGAACAGGAAUCGCUGCUUGCUGCAAUACAGUGGCCAAAACCCUCUGAUGGCAAAAUUGCCUUUGUACAAAGCACUGAUCCUGCACGUAGUGACUUUAUGAUUGUGAAACCCAGCGGGUUCUUCAAGGUGGGUGACCAGUUAGAGGUGCUUGUUCGUAUGAAGGAUUUCCAAGGAGAACCCAAGCAGUAUGGUGGAGACUAUCUACAGGCACGAAUUCACUCUCCUCUGCUGAAAGCUGGAGCAACAGGAAGGGUUGUAGAUUGCCGUAACGGCCUUUACAAAGUCUUCUUUACCUUGCUUUGGCCAGGAGAGGUCAAAGUUUCUGUGUCACUUGUCCAUCCGAGUGAAGCAAUCCAAGUCCUCCUGCGUUUACGAGAAGAAAGGCCAGAUAGGGUCUAUUUCAAAAGCUCAUUCAAGUCUGGGAGGUAUUCAGAGACGACUGAGUGCAAUGUUUGCUUGCCUGGAGAUCUCCCGGUGUGCAACUUCACAGAUCUCUACACGGGUGAGCCAUGGUUCUGUUACAAGCCUCGCAAACUGUCCUGUGCCAGCCGAAUCAGCCAUGCCAAGGGUGGAUAUCAAAAAGGUCUUCUGACACAAGAGGAAAGCCUCUUUUUCCAAAGUGAUGUGAAUAUCAAAAGGCCGAUACUCUCCAGUGGACCUGAUUCAGUGAUUGUAAAGCCCAAGACAUUUACAGAUUCAAGCAGUAUGGACAGAGCUGAAGAUCCCACGGUUUCCCCUUCUGGUUAUUAUUAUGAAGACCAGUGGAGGUCCAGAACACACUGGAUCCAUCAUUUUAACAAGUCAGAUGAUGUAACCAACUGCUUACAAGGGAAAGUAAUCCACUUGUUUGGAGACUCUACAAUAAGGCAGUGGUUUGAAUAUCUGACAGCAUUUGUUCCAGAUCUAGUGGAAUUUAACCUGGGGAGUCCUAAGAACGUGGGCCCUUUCAUGUCUGUGGACCUGAAGCACAAUAUCCUACUCAAGUUCCGCUGUCACGGGCCACCCAUUCGCUUUUCAACGGUCUUUAGCAGUGAACUGCGCUACAUUGCCAACGAACUGAAUGGCAUAGUGGGUGGGAGAAACACGGUGAUAGCCAUAACUAUAUGGUCCCACUUCAGCACUUUCCCUGUGGAAGUGUAUAUCCGGCGGCUGAGGAACAUUCGGAGAUCAAUUAUUCAACUGCUGGAUCGCAGCCCCAAGACUUCAAUCAUCAUCAGAACCGCUAAUGUUCAGGAGCUUGGGCCAGAAGUGAGCCUCUUUAACAGUGACUGGUAUUCCUUUCAGCUUGAUUCUGUCAUGAGGAAAAUGUUCUCAGGAAUUGCUGUGCACUUUGUGGAUGCUUGGGAGAUGUCUCUGGCUCAUUACUUGCCACAUAACUUGCACCCAAAAGAGGUCAUUGUUAAGAAUCAAAUAGAUGCAUUUUUAUCUUACGUGUGCCCUCUGCAAACUUAGCACAAGCGGGUAUCCCUAUGUCACCUUUUGCUGCAGCCGAAGUAAAGUUGCUCUUUGUCGGAGCUAUCGAAUUAUGCUGGAUGGUAUGGAAGAACCCUGGUUAUUGUACUUGCGUGAGGUAUAAGCAGAGUGGCCUUAAUUCUGGGGAGCUGUGAAGGGUGGUAAAGAGGAGUUGACUGUUCAGGCCAUAUCUUCCUGAGAGGUCGAUUCCUUUCAACCUUAUCAUUCAUAUGAGAGAUUAUUAAAGAGCACCUUAACUUAAAUUGACAGGAUUCAAUAAGAAAUUAUGUGGGUUAUUGGCUUUACUAGUUGUCUGCACUGCAUGCUUAAUUUAAUCCAUAUGACACUGAUUCUGCUGCUCAGAACUGUGUGUGAAACCUGGGAAAGAUUUUGGCAGCAGUCUUUCUCCCAAUGUUCCAGAGUUUGAGGGACAUCCCCUCCAGCUGUAUGUCAGAGAAGCACAGUUUCAAAGUCCUAAUUAGGAAUAUGAAGGGAGUCUACCAAAAUCACUAAUAUCAAUCAAGGAAGCACAAUCAAAAUAUCUAUGGUAUUUAGUC